CGUACCAAAUGAAAAUGUGAUAUGAAUGAAGAAUUGGUGAGGUGAAGAAAGUCAGGCGUGUCUGGGGAGGAAGUGACUGUGUUUCACUCCUCACUCGAUCUCCGGCCGUUGUGGUGAGCGCAUAGAUUUUAUGCUCGGGCAUCAUCGAUUUUGUGGACAAGGUGGUGAUGCAAUGUGCACUGGAAGAAGUUGAAGUAAACUAGACCAACCGGUGAAAUCUAUUAAUCAGAGACUCUGAGGUAUUGAAAGUCGCAAAAUCGCGGAGGUAACACAUUUCAACAUAUAUCCAUUUUGCUGGUUCAUUGGUGCUCGAGAACGGUGAUCGUUUUGACGCUAAGUAGCUAUUUUGAAGGUCUCAAACAAGCCCAUUAGAGCUCAAGUGUCUUACCAGAAGAAGCCCACCGGCCGUCAGUAUGGUGCUGUUCUCACAGAAACGUAGACGAAUGGAUUUUCUAGUGAAAAUCUACUUCUGCACAACGCUCUUGCAAUGUGAAUUCCUUCAGGAUACCAGUGCUCAAGGAAUUAUUGCUCAAGCCCUGUAUUUGGGUGAUCCAAAUAUGUACAACAACACCAUGGACAGUUGCAUCUGGAAGCGAGGGAAUGACCGAGAUGCUUGUCCAGAUCCCGACAUCACCAUGGUACUCUACACGAGUGGGCGGGUGAGGACAAAGUCUGUGCUGGAUAUGGACCAAGCUGACUGGUUGCGCAAUAGUGACUUCAAUCCCAGGCACGAGAGCAUUAUUCUCGUGCACGGGUACGCCGGAGGCGAUGAUACUCUCCCCAUGGUGGUACUCAGAGAUGCCUACCUCCGACACGGAAAUUACAAUGUUUUUGUGGCGGACUGGGGACCACUGGCUCAGCCCCCAUGCUACGUGGCUGCUGUCCACAAUCUCAGGCCCGUUGCUAGGUGCUUUGCUAAACUCUUCACCUUCCUGAGAGACUCAGGGCUUCGAGUGGAAAAGACCACGUGCGUUGGACAUUCCCUUGGGGCUCAUGUUUGUGGCCUUAUGGCAAACUAUCUGACCUUCCGACUUGAGAAGAUCAUAGGAUUGGAUCCUGCUAGGCCCCUCGUGAAACUAGGAAAUGCCUUCCGGCUGGACAGUGGUGAUGCCAAGGCUGUCCAGGUUUUACAUACAAAUGCCGGACAUUAUGGUGAAAGUGGAAGAAUAGGACAUGUUGAUUUCUGCAUCAAUAAUGGGAAGAGGCAGCCCUAUUGCUCUACCACAACCAAUAUACAUCUAUGUAGCCACAUUUGGUCAAUUUGCUACUUGGGAGCCACAAUCUUUGCCGAUGUUCAUGGAGAACCUUGUUCAAGGCGCUGUGGCGGACCUGCUGGACAGGGAGCCUUUGCUGCCUGGAGACAAUCCCGCAACAACUACAGACAACUUGUCACAAAUUCCAUUCCGAUGGGCCACAAAACACCUAACAACGCUUAUGGAACCUUCUGCCUUCGGGAUGAAACCCCACCGUUCUGCCCUCGCUUCGACGGAGACAUAGGCGAUCAUCGAUGCUGUGUCAAUCCAGAAGCCAAAAAAUCUUAAAAAUAUCCCCCAAAAAGUCCAACUUACUUUAAACAGCUACAACAAAGAUUCAUAGCAAAUACGUCUUAAGCCAUAAGGAUUUCCCAUUUUUCUUUAAAUGAACAUUGAAUGAAGUCAAACUCUUAGGCGAUUAGUGGUUUCUAGAUUCUUUAAUGAUGUUACAUCCUGUAUUGAAGUGUUCUUUUUCAUAAAUUGAGAAAUAAAAGAUUGUUUUUUAUUUGAA